CUCUUAAUCGGUAGACGGUAGUUCAUUUUUACAAAUCAUUAAUAAUUAAUAUUAUUAUUUGAAAUAGUAAUUUACUAUAUAGUAUUCAGUAUUGUUGUACCAUUCGUCAAUAAUAAUUUCUACCGAAAAUCCGAUCGCGUAUGAUGUUAAAUACUUUAUAGUGGAUCAAUUUCUCUAAAAGAUAAAUUCAUUGCCGCUCACGAUAACGUGAUGGCCGAACUUCCGGAUUGGUUUACAUCCAUACCUUAUUUCACCAAACGAUGGCUUACCCUGACUGCUUGCUUGACUUUGGCUGGACGGUUUGGCAUUUUGAAUCCUUUUAACUUUAUGUUAUUUUAUGAACCAUUUAUCAAAAAAUUUGAGAUUUGGAGAGCAGCCACUGCUUUGUUAAUGUACCCAUUAUCACCUGGAAAUGGAUUUCAUUUUUUAGUCAAUUGUUAUUUUCUUUAUAGUUAUUCAUUAAGAUUGGAAACUGAUUCAUUUAGUGGAAGACCUGCUGAUUACUUUUUUUUACUUAUAUUUAAUUGGUUAUGUUGUGUCGUUAUUGGACUUCUGGCAAAUAUACCGGUACUUAUGGAUCCUAUGGUAUUAAGUGUAUUAUAUGUAUGGUGCCAACUAAACAAAGAUGUAAUUGUUAGUUUUUGGUUUGGAACUCGUUUCAAAGCCAUGUAUUUACCAUGGGUAUUGUUUGGAUUCAAUUUGGUCAUUUCUGGAGGGGGACUUCAGGAAUUAGUAGGAAUUAUUGUGGGUCAUUUAUAUUUUUUCCUUAUGUUCAAAUAUCCACAAGAAAUGGGUGGACCACAGCUUAUACAAACACCUCAAAUAUUAUACAAAUUUUUUCCUAAUCAAAGAACAGUUCACGGUUUUGGUCAACCACCAACUAGAGCAGCACCAACUGCAGCCCCAGCAGCAGGAAACCAACAAGAAGGUGAAGGUGGAUUAAAUUAUCGUCGUCACAAUUGGGGUAGAGGUUAUGUACUUGGGCAACAACAAUAA